CUUGAUAGUUGUUUGUUUUUUAAUUGUGCUAAAACAUGCAUAGCAAAAUUGACCAUUUUAACUGUUUUUAAAUGUACUCUUCAGUGGCAUUAAGUACAUUCACAAUUGUACAAUCAUCCCCACCAUCCAUCUCCAGAACCUUUUCAUCAUCCCAAACUGAAACCCUGUACCCAUUAAACAAUAACUCCCUAUUCUUUCUCCCCCUGACCCCUAGUAACAACCACCCUUCUACUUUCUGCCUCUGAAUUUGGCUACUCCAGUUACUUCAUAUAAGUGAAAUCACACAAUAUCUGUCCUUUUGUGUCUGGCUUAUUUCACUUAAGCAUAAGGUCUUCAAGGUUCAUUCAUCCAUGUUGUAGCAUGUGUCAGAACUUCAUUACUUUUUAAGGCUGGAUAAUAUUCCGUUGCAUAUUUAGAUCUCAUUUUGUUUAUCCAUUCAUCCAUUGAUGGAUACUUGGAUUGCUUUCACAUUUUGGGUAUUGUGAAUAAUGCUGCUAUGAACAUGGGUGUACAGAUACCUCUCCAAGACCCUGCUCUCAAUUCUUUUGGGUAUAUACCCAGAAGUGGAAUUGCUAGAUCAUAUGGUAAUUCUUUUUUUUUUUGAGGCGGAUUGGCCCUGCGCUAACAUCUGUUACCAGUCUUCCUCUUUUUCCUUUUUCUCCCUAAAGCCCCAGUACAUAGUUGUAUAUCAUAGUUAUAGAGUUUUAGCUCUUCUAUGCGGGACACCACCUCAGCAUGCCUUAUGAGUGGUACAUAGGUCCGUGCCCAGGAUCCAAACUGGUGAAACCCGGGCCAUUGAAGCGGAACACAUGAACCCAACUGCUUAUGCCACUGGGCCAGCCCCCCAUGUGGUAAUUUGAUGUUUAAUUUUUUUUUUUUAGGAACUGCCAUACUGUUUCCCAUAGUGGCUACACCAUUUUACAUUCUUACCAGCAGUGCACAAGGAUUCCAAUUUCUCUACAUCUUCACUAACACUUGUUCUUUUCUCUUCUUUUUUUUUUUGAUAAUAGCCAUCCUAAUGAGUGUGACCUUGGUGGUAAUCUAGUUGGAUCCACAGAGUCCACUAACCAAGAGUCUGGCCCCUAUUGUGCUGAAAUGUACAAAUGUACAGAAAAUAAUAUGAUAAACCUCCGUGUACUCCUUAACCAGAUCCAACAGUCAUCAAUUCAUGGCCAAUCUUGUUUCAUUUAUAUACACCCUCCCUGCUCUCUUCCUCCGGCCCUGUGGUAUUUUGAGGCAAAUCCCAGACAUCACAUCAUUUUAUCUGCAGUCCAGCAGCAGUCUGCAGACAGGCAUUUGGAAGCCACUGGACCAGAUCAUUUCUGAGGUCCCCUUCAGCUCUAACAUCCUCCCUUGCCAGCACCCAGCCAUGGGGGAUAUGAAAACUCCAGACUUUGAUGACCUUCUGGCUGCCUUUGACAUCCCAGACCCCACCAGCCUUGAUGCCAAGGAGGCCAUCCAGACCCCCAGUGAAGAGAAUGAGAGUCCCCUCAAACCGGCAGGCAUGUGUAUGGAUGAGAGUGUGUCCUUGUCUCACUCAGGAUCAACUUCAGAUGUCCCGGCUGUGAGCGUUAUUGUCAAGAACACCAGCCGCCAGGAGUCAUUUGAAGCAGAGAAAGACCACAUUGCUCCCAGCCUCCUACAUAAUGGAUUUCGGGGCUCAGAUCUGCCUCCAGAUCCCCACAACCUGGGCCACAACUGUGGGAAGUUUGAUUCCACUUUCAUGAAUGGAGACAGUGCCAGGAGUUUCCCUGGCAAGCUGGAGCCUUCCAAGUCAGAGCCGUUACCAACCUUUAAUCAGUUCAGUCCGAUCUCCAGUCCAGAACCUGAGGAUGCCAUCAAAGAUAAUGGGUUUGGGAUGAAGCCCAAGCACUCUGACGGUUAUUUCCCACCCCCUCCUGGGUGCGGGCCUGUUGGGGCCCCAGUCCUGGAGGCUCUGUCUAAGUUUCCAGUCCCGGAGCUGCAUAUGUUUGAUCACUUUUGUAAGAAAGAACCCAAGCCAGAACCUCUGCCCUUGGGGAGUCAGCAGGAAGAUGAGCAAGGUGGGCAGAAGGCAGUAGAACCUCACAAGGAGCUGGAUGCCAGUCGAUUCUUUGGGGAAGCUUUGGAGUUCAACAGCCACCCCAGCAACAGUAUUGGAGAGCCCAAGGGGCUUGCCCCCGAGCUUAGUACCUGCUCAUCAGUCCCUCCUAGGCAGCGUCUUAAGCCAGCUCAUUCCAAGCUGUCCUCUUGUGUUGCAGCCUUGGUGGCCCUGCAGGCCAAAAGAGUGGCCAGUGUCACCAAGGAGGAUCAGCCUGGCCACACAAAGGAUCCCUCAGGGCCCACGAAAGAGGGCUCCAAAGGCAGCCCCAAAAUGCCCAAGUCACCAAAGAGUCCCCGGAGCCCUCUGGAGGCCACUAGAAAAAGUAUCAAGCCAUCGGACAGCCCUCGGAGCAUCUGCAGUGACAGCAGCAGCAAAGGCUCCCCUUCUGUGGCUGCCAGCUCCCCACCAGCAAUUCCCAAAGUCAGAAUCAAAACCAUUAAGACAUCAUCUGGGGAAAUCAAACGAACCGUCACGAGGAUCCUGCCAGACCCUGAUGAUCCCAGUAAGUCCCCUGUUGGGUCACCUCUAGGAAGCGCCAUUGCCGAGGCCCCAAGCGAGGUGCCGGAGCAUGAGGUCACUGCCUUGCCUGCAGCGGAGCACUUUCCUGAGGCGGGCACAGAUUCAAGGAGCCCCCAGGAUGACAGGAAAGGGGAUGAGAGCAUGACGAAGGCCAGGGAAUCUUCAUCUCCCUGUUGCAGCCCUAGGUCCCGGGUCCCCAAGGGGGCUGCCCCAGGCUCACAGAUGGGCAAGAGGCAACAACAGACCACAGCACUGCAGGUGUCUGCCCUGGCCCCUGCCAACCUCCUGCCCAAAGCCGUGCACCUGGCCAACCUGAACCUGGUCCCCCACAGUGUCGCCGCCUCAGUGACAGCCAAGUCCUCAGCGCAGAGGCGGAGCCAGCCACAGCUUACGCAGAUGUCGGUGCCCUUGGUCCACCAGGUGAAAAAGGCCGCCCCGCUGGUUGUGGAGGUCUUCAACAAGGUCCUCCACAGCUCCAACCCUGUGCCCCUCUACGCGCCAAAUCUCAGCCCACCUGCGGACAGUAGGAUCCACGUGCCGGCAAGUGGAUACUGCUGCCUGGAGUGUGGGGAUGCGUUUGCCUUAGAGAAGAGCCUGAGCCAGCACUACAGCCGGCGGAGCGUCCACAUUGAGGUGCUGUGCACACUGUGCUCACAGACGCUGCUCUUCUUCAACAAGUGCAGUCUGCUCCGGCACGCCCGAGACCACAAGAGCAAGGGGCUUGUCAUGCAGUGCUCUCAGCUGCUCGUGAAGCCCAUCUCUGCGGACCAAAUGUUCGUGUCUGCCCCCGCGAACUCCACGGCACCAGCAACCCCGGCUGCCCCUUCCUCCCCCAAACAUGGCCUCGCUUCAGGCAGUGCCAGCCCUCCCCCUCCAGCUUUGCCGCUCUACCCAGACCCCGUGAGGCUCAUCCGGCACAGUAUCAAGUGUCUCGAAUGUCACAAGCAGAUGCGUGACUACAUGGCUAUGGCUGCACAUUUCCAGAGGACAACAGAGGAAACCGAGGGGCUGACUUGCCAGGUGUGCCAGAUGCUGCUGCCCAACCAGUGCAGUUUCUGUGCCCACCAGAGAAUCCACGCACACAAGUCCCCCUACUGCUGUCCGGAGUGUGGAGCCCUCUGUCGCUCUGCCUAUUUCCAGACCCACGUAAAGGAGAAUUGCCUGCACUAUGCCCGCAAGGUGGGCUACAGGUGCAUCCACUGCGGGGUCGUCCACCUGACCUUGGCCUUGCUGAAAAGCCACAUCCAGGAGCGACACUGCCAGGUUUUCCACAAGUGUGCAUUCUGCCCCAUGGCCUUCAAGACUGCCAGCAGCACCUCCGACCACAGCGCCACCCAGCACCCCACCCAGCCCCAUAGACCCUCCCAGCUCAUUUAUAAGUGCUCCUGUGAAAUGGUCUUCAACAAGAAGAGGCACAUUCAGCAGCAUUUUUACCAGAAUGCCAGCAAGGCGCAGGUGGGCGUCUUCAAGUGCCCUGAGUGCCCGCUCUUAUUCCUGCAGAAGCCAGAGUUGAUGCAGCAUGUCAAGAGCACCCAUGGUGUUCCCCGAAACGUGGACGAGCUGUCAAGCCUCCAGUCACCUGCGGACGUGUCCUCAAGCCGCUCUAGCUCUCGAGUUUCCACUGAGCCCCCGGCCGCUAGUGUGGCUGGUCGCGGCAGUUCCUUGCCUUCUGGCCGCUGGGGCAGGCCUGAGGCCCAUCGCAGGGCUGAGGCCAGGCCCCGACUGAGGAACACUGGCUGGACCUGCCAGGAGUGCCAGGAGUGGGUUCCUGAUCGGGAGAGCUACGUGUCCCACAUGAAAAAGAGCCACGGCCGGACAGUGAAGCGGUACCCGUGUCGGCAGUGUGAACAGUCCUUCCACACCCCCAACAGCCUGCGCAAACAUAUCCGCAACAACCACGACACAGUAAAGAAAGUCUACACUUGUGGGUAUUGCACGGAGGACAGCCCCAGCUUUCCUCGGCCCUCCCUCCUGGAGAGCCACAUCAGCCUUAUGCAUGGUAUCAGGAACCCUGAUUUGAGCCAGACGUCCAAAGUCAGACCUUCGGCUGGACAUUCCCCCCAGGUGAACCAUCUGAAAAGACCAGUCAGCGGAGUGGGGGAUGCUCCAGGCACCAGCAAUGGCACGAUUGUCUCUUCCACCAAAAGGCACAAGUCCCUUUUCCAGUGUGCAAAAUGUAGCUUUGCCACAGACUCGGGGCUCGAGUUUCAGAGCCACAUACCUCAACACCAGAUGGACAGCUCCACAGCCCAGUGUCUCCUCUGUGGCUUGUGCUACACCUCUGCCAGCUCCCUCAGCCGCCACCUCUUCAUCGUCCACAAGGUGAGAGACCAGGAGGAGGAGGAGGAGGCGGCGGAGGUAGCAGUGGAGGCUGCAGAGCCAGAGGAGGGCUCCGGGGAGGAGGUGUCCAUGGAAACCAGGGAGAACGGACUGGAAGAAUGUGUCAGCGAGCCUUUGUUGGGCAACCCAGAGGCGAGGAGAUCACUGGGCCCGGCCCCUGAGGAGGAUGGUGCCCAGGAUACUCAGAGUCAACCACAGGCCUCUCAGGACCAGGACAGCCACGCACUGUCCCCUCAGGUGUGACCGGAGGCUUUGCAGUGUGUGCAGUCGGGGUGGUGCCAUGGUGUCCUCCACCUGCCGUGUGGACAGUGGGAAAUAAAAGGCUCUGCCCGGUGUUGAGUGUGGCCGCUGUGCCCUGGAGCAGUGUCUGCAGUGUUCCCCAGCCCCAGAAAAUGUGGGGUCGCCCAGGACCUCAGAGCUCUGAAUUUGCUUCUGUUAUUUAUGGCUUUGUGCUGCUUCUUGAUACCCCGACUCUUGUCUGUGUCCUUCCAACCCCAGGCUGCUUACGUGGCCCAACCCCGAUGCUGUCAACUCAGCUUGAAACCCUUCAGCGGCUGUGCUCUUCUGGGAGGUUCCCCGCUUGCUGCCUUCAGCCAGGGGCCUCCUCCGAGCUCUCUUGGCCUGCGGACGGCAGCUCUCCUUCCUGCCAUCAGAGCCUGCGAGGGCCGAGGAUACUCGUGCAGUCCCUUGUGCAGAGGAGAGCUCUGCCCAGCCUGGCUCGGCGAGGGCCCUUGGUCACCGUGCCCUUCUUGUCUUCUCUGAUUCUUUUCCCCAAAAAUAGUCCUGGAGAAUUAAUUGUCACACUGGCUCAUCCUGUCUGUGUGGGUGGGGGAAACUCGUGCAGCACACCUCUGUUUGGAACCCGGGAGAACAGGAAAUGCAGCCAGGGCAGGCAGGCACGGAGAGGCAGGCCCCUUCAGAAGGAGCUGGGCAUCCUUGUUCUGCUGCUGUUCUGCCUUUCCUGGCAAGUGGGGUUUGGGGCACACAGACAUUGGAAUAUUUGUACUCUUGCUCCUGUGCUAUUAGAGAGGCUGCUGCCCCAGGAAGGCCAGCCCCUCCUCCUCUUGGCUACACUCAUGUUGCUCAGACUAUAUUGCAAAUAAAAAAAUCUUCUUACCAUGCAGGUAGGCUCUUGUAUUCCUCUUCAAGUGAGCCUGGCCCUACCCUGCUCCACCUAAGGGUCUUUUCCAGACUUCCCUCAUUGUCCCAUCUCUGAGAGAGAACGAUGUUUCCCAUCUCUGAGAGAGAACAGUGUUUCCUACUGUCCAAGGAAGAUCCUCACUAGAUUCUGGGCCUGUGGUUAGGAAACCAGGGGCCUGGUACUCCUUGGUUCUCUAGAGAUCUUCUGGAAGGGUGAGGAGAGGGUCUUAACGGUGGUGAAGAGUCACCUCCAAGGUCUCCCCUGGGCUAGUGGCGUUGGCUUUAGGGCCUGUUGAAAUUUUCUGGGCAACUCCAUCUUUCCUACAAAUGGAUUUUCAACCUAAGAGAACCCCUUAUUGGUGGGGAGUGGGAGAGAAGGGAUAGAGGGAAGGAAUUUGGUAAUUUUCUCGCAGUGUUCAAGAGGCCUUGGUAUUUCCACUGCCACAGGGAACUCAGGUGUGGCAGAAUUGGAAUUAGACAUGGGAGGCUUGGCUGCCUUUUCGCUGAUGGCAGUUAGAGCCUCACCAAGCACAAGGAGCAGGCUGUAUGGAGGUGUCAUCUGAUCUCUGACCUGAGUGGCUGCUGCAGCCCUACAUGGGUGGGAUGUGGGACUGGGCCCAGGAGGGUCUAGUGCAGCAGGGGGAGGUCGGUGCUGGCUGAGUUAGAGGUGAUCUUUCAAGGGGGGC